AUGUCUCGCCCCGACGAGACAUUGGCAGCGGCCGCCGCAAUCUUACGUGGACUGGCCAAAGGCUCGACCGCGAAUCCCUCCUACGCCAACGGCUUAAAGCUUCCCCCGUACCGACUUCCGGGGGAUGACAACCCGUUGAAAAAGGAGCUGGAGGCUGAAAUAGCUUCUCUGGCACGGCGGAUACAUUAUCUCGAAGGGAGAGCCGAUGUCGUUGGUCACUCGCUGCCGGAUACCCCUGGUGAAUUCCAGAGUCCUACCUCGCCGUUAUCUCGCCCUAGCGAGCCUCGGAAUGCAUCAGAAGAACAAUUCAAUGACCAGACUGCGCCCGCUGCAGAAAGGACGCACGUGACCUCCAAUCAAUCAAGGCGCGUCAAUACACUUCUUGCUGCAAGGGAGCCUCUUGGUCCUUCCGAAUCUGGUCGUACCGUCAGCGAAGAUGAUAUCAGCAUUCUCCGGGAGCACGUGGAAAAACAGGCUGAACAGAUCAAGAGCCAGCGCGAGACAAUUGCAGAGAUCAGUCUCGGUCUACGACAUUCUGAGGAGCAAGCCAAGCAAGCAUUCAUAAGAGUGGAGAACGAAGAUGUCUCGAUGCUGGAGAGAGAACUUCGGAAGCAUCAACAGGCUAACGAGGCUUUCCAAAAGGCAUUGCGGGAAAUUGGUGGGAUCAUAACCCAGGUUGCUAACGGCGAUUUGUCCAAACGUGUCCAGAUCCAAGCCACCGAAAUGGACGAUGAAAUUGCUGCCUUCAAGGUCACUAUCAACACCAUGAUGGACCAACUCGAGAUAUUCGGAAGUGAAGUGACCAGGGUAGCACGAGAGGUCGGUACUGAAGGCAUCUUGGGCGGUCAAGCUCACAUCGGCGGGGUGCAUGGAAUCUGGAAAGAGUUGACAGAUAACGUGAAUAUCAUGGCUGCAAACCUGACAGACCAGGUUAGAGAGAUUGCCACCGUCACUAAAGCAGUCGCUCGCGGCGAUUUAAGCCAGAAAGUGCAGAGUCGAGCAAAAGGAGAAAUAUUCGAACUCCAACACACAAUCAAUACCAUGGUGGACCAGCUACGGACGUUUGCCACUGAAGUUACCCGCGUCGCCAGGGAUGUCGGCACUGAAGGCGUACUUGGCGGACAAGCUCAAAUCGACGGGGUUCAGGGUACCUGGAAUGAAUUGACCAAGAGUGUGAAUGCUAUGGCAGAUAACUUGACUACCCAGGUGCGAGACAUCGCCAUGGUCACUACCGCAGUCGCGAAAGGCGACCUUACGAGGAAAGUGACUGCCAGCUGCAAAGGCGAGAUUCUCCUGCUCAAGAGCACCAUCAACAACAUGGUUGACCAGCUACAACAAUUUGCCCAAGAAGUUACCAACCUGGCAAAGGAAGUUGGAACAAAUGGUGUUUUGGGCGGUCAAGCGACGGUGCACGAUGUUGAGGGCACGUGGAAGGACCUGACGGAGAAUGUGAACGGCAUGGCCAUGAAUCUGACGACUCAGGUGCGGGAGAUCGCGGCAGUCACUACCGCGGUUGCCAAUGGCGAUCUUUCCAAAAAGGUCACAGCCGACGUCCAAGGGGAGAUUCUUGACCUCAAGAUCACGAUUAACUCGAUGGUCGACCGAUUGAACACUUUUGCUUUUGAGGUCAGCAAAGUCGCAAGGGAGGUGGGCACAGAUGGCACUCUUGGUGGACAAGCCAAAGUGGACAAUGUCCAGGGCAAAUGGCGAGAUUUGACGGACAACGUGAACACCAUGGCUUCGAACCUGACAGACCAGGUGCGGAGCAUUUCCGACGUGACCCAAGCUAUUGCGGCAGGGAAUUUGGACAAGAAGAUUGAGGUCCAGGCUCAGGGCGAAAUUUUGACAUUGAAGGUCACAAUCAACAAUAUGGUGGACCGAUUGGCCACUUUUGCUCACGAGGUGAGAAGAGUAGCUCGCGAUGUGGGCGUCAACGGGAAGAUGGGUGGCCAAGCCAACGUCCACGACGUCAGUGGUCGGUGGAAGGAGAUCACCGAGGACGUCAACACCAUGGCCGAAAAUCUUACUGCUCAAGUCCGUGCCUUUGGAGAAAUCACAGAUGCAGCAACUGAAGGAGACUUUUCAAAAUUGAUCAGUGUCAAUGCAUCCGGAGAGAUGGACGAGUUGAAACGCAAAAUCAACCAGAUGAUUUCCAACCUAAGGGACAGCAUUCAAAGGAACACGGCCGCUCGAGAAGCUGCCGAACUUGCCAACCAAACAAAGUCCGAAUUUCUUGCAAACAUGUCCCACGAGAUCAGAACCCCGAUGAAUGGAAUCAUCGGAAUGACUCAACUCACCCUCGACACAGAUGACCUUAAGCCGCAUUCCCGAGAGAUGCUCAACACGGUGCACAACCUAGCCAACAGUCUGCUGACCAUCAUUGACGAUAUCCUCGACAUCUCAAAAAUCGAAGCGAAUCGCAUGGCAAUCGAAGCCAUUCCCUACACGAUCCGAGGGACGGUUUUCAAUGCACUCAAGUCGCUGGCAGUCAAAGCGAAUGAAAAAUCCUUGUGUCUGGCUUUCGACGUGGACAACUCGGUCCCGGAUUAUGUGGUUGGAGACCCAUUCCGUCUCAGACAAAUCAUCCUCAAUCUCGUGGGUAACGCCAUCAAAUUCACUGAUCAGGGCGAAGUUAAGGUCACAAUCAAGAAGUCCAUAGACUUGAUUGGGAAUUGCGCAACCGACGAGUUCCCGUUCGAGUUUGUGGUGUCCGACACCGGUAUUGGUAUCCAGUCUGACAAACUUGAUCUCAUCUUCGACACUUUCCAGCAAGCCGACGGCUCGACCACCCGAAAGUUCGGGGGCACUGGCCUCGGACUUUCGAUUUCCAAGCGGCUGGUCAACCUCAUGGGAGGCCAGGUAUGGGUCACUUCAGAUUUCGGGCAGGGUAGUGAAUUCCACUUCUCUUGCAUUGUGAAAUUUGCCACCGAGGACAUCAGUGUCAUCAGCUCACAGCUGUAUCCGUUCCGCAAGCAUAAAGUGCUUGUGGUGGACAAAGGGAUUUCUCCUUUUUUCGAGCGCGUCCCCGCCCUGAUCGAGGAGCUUGGUUUACAGGUUCUCGUGGUUGAGGAUGAGGCUGACGUCCCUGAACCGCCUUAUGAUGGGAAAGAUAAGCCGAUCGAUGGCGGCUACGAUGUUAUUGUCAUCGACCAGCUCGAGACGGCGCACAAGUUGCGACUGAUUGACAAAUUCAAGUACAUCCCCGUGGUCCUGCUGAAUGCGACUGUGUCGAUCAACCUGAAGACAGUCCUUGACUUGGGCAUUGCUUCCUACAUGACGACACCGUGUCAGCUCAUUGAUUUGGGCAAUUGUAUGAUCCCAGCUCUUGAAGGCCGGUCUACCCCCGUGAUCAAGGACUACAAGAAGUCAUUGAAUAUCUUACUUGCGGAAGACAACGAGGUCAAUCAAAAGGUGGCCAUCAAGAUUCUGGAGAAAUACAAUCAUGUUGUGACAGUGGUUGGCAACGGUCUAGAAGCUGUCAAUGCCAUCAAGGCCGAUCGCUUCGACGUGGUGUUGAUGGACGUGCAGAUGCCCGUGAUGGGCGGGUUCGAGGCCACACGAGAGAUCCGGCAGUACGAGAAAGAGAUGUUGCUUCCCAGGACACCCAUUAUCGCGCUGACUGCCCAUGCAAUGCUGGGUGACCGUGAAAAAUGCAUCCAGGCUCAAAUGGACGAAUAUCUGUCAAAGCCGCUCAAGCAGAACCUACUCAUGCAGACGAUCCUGCGAGUCGCAUCCGACGGCGUGACAGCAAUGUUCAACAAACAUGCUCGGACCAAGUCGAAGGCGACCGGGAACGGCACGUCAGAGAACAGGAAGCAGGAGACAGCGCCUGCCGACGCAGACGUUUCUUCGACAUCGCCGCUGAGGCCACAGUUUUCGGAAAGAUCAAUCACAACAUCAGGCCCGGUGACUUCUGGUAGCCCGGAGAGCCCCUCAGCCGCUAAAGACGUCGAGUCCGAUCCAAUGUCGGCUGUUAAUACCGUACGUUCGACGUCCUGGUCUAGAUAA